AUGAUUGGUUCAAACCCUAACCCCGAGAAUCCCGAACAGUCUGGCUACAAUUGCGCGGCUUGCCAUCGUCCCGAUAACGAUGAAACGAAUAUGGUAUUUUGCGAUCACUGUCAAAGAUGGUAUCAUUUCGGUUGUGCAGGUGUUAAUGACGACGUACGAAACAUUUCCUGGAGUUGUCCGGAUUGCGAAGCAUGUGAGUCGGAUGUUGCUGAUUCGUCUGAGCUUCAGAAAGAACUGGAACAGUUAGAGGAAGAGAAGAAAAAGCAAAAACGGCAAAUUGAAAGAGAGAUGAUUUUGCACCGGAAGAGACUGCAAAUGCAGCAGGAAUUGCUUGAUAUGCGUCAGCAGCUGGAACGGGAGAAGCGGAAUAUGGAAUUGGAGUUUGAGAAGGCGCAGUUGGAAAAGAAAAUUGCGGAAGAAGAAGAGCAUCAGAAGAAUCUGAACGAAAUGCGGGCAAAUAUGAAUGAAAAGUUGAAAUUGUUGAAGCUGAAGCGAACUGUUGAAAGUGAUGUUGGAGAGUUGCAGAGCAAUAAAGAAUCUGCCGUCGGGCGUGUAGAGAAGGAAGGUUCAAAGGAGAAAAGUCAAAACAGAACAAUAGCGGAGAAAGCGAAAGCAGGAAAAAUAGAGCUCGAGAAUAAAAAGUCGAGAAAAGGAAAGCCGGAAACUGCUGAUCCGAUAUUAACGAGUUGUUCCGAUAUUCGAGGAGCGUACCGUAAACAUUCUACACCGAAGGUGACGGAUAGGGUUAUCAACAAACAGGACGGCAUCCCAUACAAUCUACCAGAGAGCUUUCCUUUGAAUCGAGAUAAUGACGUUACACCAUUCGGUCAUCCGGAAAUCCCGAAAAAGAAGGAAAACAAUAGCGGCGGGAAAAUGAAAAUAGUGCCUGAAGUUACGGAGUCUGAAAGUGAAAAUAGUUCAACGGAUAAAAAUGACAUUUCGGAUGAAGAUAGCUAUAGCGAUACAGAAAGUUACGUAGAAGAAGAAAAUAGCUCGGUGGAUGAAGAAGAUAGAUUCGAGAGAGAAGAUGGCAGCGAAAUGGAAAAAGAGAGUUCUGGUAAAAGUGAAAAUGAUGAAGUACCAGCAAGAAGAAAAAAGGAGACGCAACUUCGCAAGCAUCGUAGCCAAUACGACCCGACAAAGGCUCAGCUUUCUGCGCGUCAGUUUCUUUCAAAAAAGUUACCAGUCUUUUCUGGGAAAUUAGAAGAAUGGCCUAUGUUUAUAAGCAGCUACGAAACGUCAACGAAAGCGUGCGGAUUUUCAGAUCUAGAAAAUUUGGCACGUCUUCAGGAAUGCUUGAAAGGUGAAGCGUUGGAAGCGAGAAACUCCUCAACAUGUUAUUAG